AUUUAGCAACUGAGAGAGGAGGGUGGGGUGGGGGGGGACACCUUUCCUUAUGUGCUUCAGUGAAGACUACCAGGGCCAGUGGGAGGGGUGCCCUUUUGAUCAAGUCGCUGUGAAGAUCGGUGCAGUGCAUUUAACGACAUGUAAAAAGGGUAUCAGCGGGUAAUGAUUGAUACGGUAUUUGAUUGGCAUCGCCCCAGUGGCUGUUCACUGCCAACGAACGCUGCAGCGCACAGACACACACACACACACACACACAGAGCCACAGCCACAGCCGGAGAGAGGGGGAGACCAUGGCCAAGCGCUCUCCCAGCUGUGCAUUCAUCAUCUUGAUGUCCUCCCUCUCCAUCCCCUGCUUUGCCCACCGGAAACUUUUACUCGUGUUGAUAGACGGCUUUCGCUUCGACUACAUCGGUGACCGGGAGCUGCAGGCGCUGCCGGGUUUGAAAGCCAUGGUGGAAAUGGGAGUGAAAGCGGAUUACCUGACCCCGGAAUUCCCGAGCCUUUCCUAUCCCAAUUACUACUCCCUGAUGACCGGACGAAAUACUGAAAUACACCAGAUGACUGGAAACUACAUGUGGGAUAAGAAAACAAACAAGUUGUUCCUGAUUGGUGAGAAUGAAGACAGUCUGCUACCUUUCUGGUGGAAUGGAUCGGAGCCAUUUUGGGUUACCAUGAUGAAGAAUAAGAGAAAUGUUUACAUGUAUUACUGGCCAGGUUGUAAUGUUGAAAUCCUGGGUGUGAGGCCUAAUUACUGCCGAGAUUACUAUUAUUAUGUGUCAGAUAAAAAUUUUUCAAUUGCCGCCUCGGAAGCCAUUGAUGUUUUGGGACAGGGAAAAGCAAACCUGGCAGCAGUGUAUUAUGAGCGAGUGGAUGUUGAAGGCCAUUCCUUUGGUCCCUGGUCAGAGCAAAGGAAGAAUGCCACAAGAGCAUUGGAUAAGAUGUUGCAAGAGAUGAACUUGAAAUUGAAGGAGCAGGGACUCCAAAAUGAACUAAAUGUCAUGAUUUUUUCGGACCAUGGAAUGACUGACAUUUCUUGGAGAGACCAGGUCAUUGAACUCGAUAAAUAUAUCAACAUGUCAGAUGUUUUGAAGUCUAUGGACCGAGGUGCUUUAAUGAGCAUUUGGCCAAAAGAUGGAAAACUGAAUGAGCUGUACAGGAUUCUGAAAACUGUGCAGAGGCUGAAGGUGUACAAGAAAGAUGAAAUCCCAGAACGGUUCCAUUACAAAAAUGGCAAAUUUGUAUCUCCGCUUAUCCUUCUUGCUGACCAAGGGUGGUUCAUUAUUGAGAACAGGAGCAAGCUGCCAUACUGGGACAAUGGAACAGGGACUAAAGAUGCCUGGCAGAAUGGAUGGCAUGGUUUUGACAAUGAAUUCAGGGACAUGAGGGGAUUCUUUAUUGCUUACGGACCAGAUUUCAGAAGGAACUACAGGGCAGCCCCGAUCCGAGCAGUUGACUUGUACAAUGUCAUGUGCCAUGUUGCUGGAAUUGACCCAUUGCCAAACAAUGGCUCCUGGUCCAGGGUGGAGUGCAUGUUGGACAAUAAUGCCAACAAGGCACAUAGUACCAAAGUCAGCAGCAAUGUAUUGGCAUUCACACUGCUCUGGUUGUUCUUUCAAUCAAAUUAGAACUUUUUUUAAAAUUUCAUUUUCACUGUGAUUUUUAGUAAAAAAAAUACACUUGUUAAUAUUUUCGAUGUAAGAUUUGCAGUAUGAUUCUAUGUACAAAUGGUAUUGUGUUACACAAUAAAAUGUGGCUAAAUCUUCACCAAAUCUUUGUUCUGCUAUGUAUUUGUAACCUACAGGAAUAUAUUUUUAAUACCCUGAAUUUCUUUGUAUUGAUUGCCUUCAAUAAGACCAAAAUUCAAAUACAGUAUAUUAAAGAGUAACUAAUCUGAUUAGAGCCAUUCAUUCCAAACUUAUCAAGAUGGUCUGUUUUGUUUGGUUGUAUACCUGAAAAUAAAUGAUUACUGUUCAAUUUGU